GGCUGCCGUUACUGGGCAGCACCCGACGCUCCUCAGCUGGGGGACGGCCUCCUAGCAGUAGCAGCUCUGCAGCAGCUCCCCUGUUGCUUGUUUGUCGCAAGUGAGUGAGUGAGAUGGAUGGAGAGCAGCGGCGACUGGGGGGGCCACCCUGGCCUGGCCUGGCCUGGCCCUCAAAGUUCCUCCUCCUCCGUCUCCAGAGCCUCGCCCACAUCCGCGGCCCUUUUCUAACUUGCUACUUCUUUUAAUCAAGCGCGGCCUCUCUGAUACCCCAUUCAACGUCCAAGAGCCAAGAACCCGUCUGCGCGCGCAUCGGAUUCACCGCACUUGACAUCUUGUUCAUCCAGUCGUGAUCCUACCUCCCCCGCGCCUUGUCCCGCCGCCGCCGCCGUCAUCAUCAUGCGCUUCUCCGCCUCUGCCAUCGUCGCGGCCCUGCCGCUCCUCGCCUCCGCGCAGGACGACCCCUUUGCACCGUACAAGGCCCAGCUGCAGCAAAUCCUCAACACGGCCGUGUCCUACAUCCCCAAUCCGGGCAAGCAUGACCCCGUCGCUGCGCUCGAGGCCAAGUUGGGCUCCAUGCGCCUGUCGACCCUGACGCUCGAGAACUGGAAGGACACCCUGACCGAGCACGUCACCCCCAAGACCACCGUCCCUGACGAGUGGUGGGUGCUCAUCUCUGGCCGGAACAAGACCUGCUUCGGCCACUGCGGCAAGAUCGAGCAGGCCUUCAACGAGACGGCCGCCAAGUUCGCCAUCACGCCCGGAUCGCCGCGCAUGGCCUACCUCAACUGCGACGAUCAGCCCAUCCUGUGCAACAGCUGGGGUGUCGGCACCGGCUAUGUUUGGUCUUUCAACAUGCUCCCGCCCCCCGCCCAGAUUGACAUUUACAAGAAGAGGCUCAACUUUACCACCACGGCCUCCUCCGACCUUGUCGCCGCCUCCAAGAGCAAGGACGGACAUGGCUGGGUCAAGCUCGACUCCUGGUUCCACCCCUUCGAGGGCAAGGCUGCCGAGCUCGGCCUCGCCGUCCCGUGGGGCUACCUCGUCUGGGGUUUCAACCUCGUCCCCAACUGGCUCUUCAUGAUCCUCGUCUCCUUCAUCAGCCGAAGCAUGAUGUCUAACCGCAUGAAUACCAUGGGCAACGACCGACGCCCCGGCGCCGCUGGCUCUGGUGGUGCACGGCCUGCCGCUGCGGGCUCCUCGUAGACGGACUGUGCUUUCCUAAUAAGCACAUUAAUAACGUAAUGCGAGGUUAUGAUGGGUCGUGAUAGACCACUCGACACAUCAUGCUGGACACACGCCUCACAAGUGGGACGUCCUGCUCGAUGUGUUGGUAAAAACGGCGGCUGGUUGUGUGAUGUACAGCUUAGGACUUGGGUCUACUUGGGGGUUGUCUCAACGUACCGUUGUCAUGAAUAGUAUACCAGUGUAAUAGUUUUGUUUGGAUCAAGACUUGGCGUCGCAGGCGGCUUGCAGCGACUUGAGCCCGUCCAAGAUGUCGUCCCGUAGCUGAUCGUUUGCGAGCUUGCCGUAGCGCAGGUCGCUCAGACCACCGACUGUCUGCCGAAUAGACUCGAGAAGCGCUCGCUCCUCCGCCUCGAGAUGCUUGAUCUCUGC